AUGGAUCGUCGCCAUCCGGAAAGUGACAGCUUUGCACUGAGGAAGGAAAUUGAGACGCUUACAGUGAAGCAGCGGUUUGGUAUUCACCGUUUUUCUGGCUCAGAUAGAGACAUUUGUUUUUUAACAAGUGAAGUAGUUCUGAAGACCAUUGAAAAUGUAAUCAAGGAAGUACUACUCAGCUUGUCAAGAGGAGAGGCACCUCAGCUCCGUAUGCAUAAUAGGCUUCAAUGGGCCAAUAACAGGUUUCAUGAUUCCACCAUCCCCCAAAAGGCAGAGGACUGCUCUUUCAUCACAAUUAAAAGCAAUUCUUCUGCAUCUGUUACAAGAUUUGCUUUAAUUUUGAAGAUGUUAUCUGUAAUCUAUAAACUUGUUCAAAGCAAUACAUAUGCUACUAAAAGGGAUAUAUUCUACUGCAACAAGGGAUUGUUUGGAACUCAGAGAACAGUGGAUAAGAUUAUUGAUGACAUCUGUUGUAUGCUACUGAUUCCACGCCUGAAUCUUCAUGUGCUUGCAACCUCCAAAGGACUAAUUGCUGGGGAUUUAUGCUAUACAGAAGUAGAUGGAACCAGAGUUAACUGUGCAUCAAAUUCAAUGGCAGUCCUGGUGCCAUCUAGUGUUCAAGGAAUUAAAUAUAUAUCCUCCUCUGCUCAAUAUUUACUGAUCGUGGAAAAGGAUGCUACUUUUCAGAGACUCUUGGAUGAUAACUUUCUUGGAGAAUCAGCUCACUGUAUUAUAAUUACAGGGAAAGGAUUUCCUGACCUAAACACUCGUCUGAUGGUCAGAAAACUUUGGGAAUUCCUACAGAUUCCAGUGUUUGCACUUGUCGAUGCAGACCCUUAUGGUAUUGAAAUUAUGUGUAUUUACAAGUAUGGAUCUGUGUCCAUGUCAUUUGAAGGUCAUCGUCUUACUGUUCCAUCUAUUAUGUGGCUGGGUCUUCUUCCAUCAGAUCUUGAAAGACUUAUCAUACCAAAGGCUGCCUUAAUCCCACUUACAAAGACCGAUUACAACAAGCUUGCCAGUAUGCAGAAGAGACCCUACAUUAUGAGCCAGCCUCUUUGGCAAAGAGAGAUUGAUAUAAUACGAAAUAGUAAGAUGAAGGCAGAAAUUCAGUCCCUGACAGCUUUAGCACCAGAUUAUCUUACCAGAGUCUAUCUUCCUAACAAACUACACUUUGGAGGAUGGAUUUGAUCUGCUGCCAUUACUUUUUGUGUACUAAGGUCAUAAAAUAAUUACAUUCUUAUUGUCUAAAAUGUUGCAACAGAACUGUUAAUGAAGUUCAAAUAGAGAGCUUUUUGCUUUAAAUUAAAAUCGCUACAUUUUUGCAAUUAAUAAGAGCAAAAAUAUUUUUUUGAAUACCUUUAAACUAAGCUAAGAAGCCACCUGAUUUUCUUUGGUGUUAACAAAACUUUCAGAUAUAUUUUUUUUAUAUUAUGUACUGGAUAACUUAAGAAUUCUAGGUUUAUUAGUGCUCUCGAAGCUAGCUUUGAGAAACUGGUACAAAUGUAG